AUGACGAAUGAUCGGCGCGAACAGAGAGAAAAAGAAAUCACUUCUCGCUGCCUCACCUCUUCGUCGUCAUGUUCAGGCUUUCUGACGCACUUUUCGAGUCUGUCAUCAAAGAAAUCAAGCCCUCCGUCGAUUAGAUUGUCAUCUACCUCGUCGUCUGCCUCGUUGAGUUCGUCACUCUCUCAGAUCGAUGAAUAUGUGGUAGAAGAUUAA